UUAUAUAAACUUCUCAUGUACUUCCUAAACUCUCAAGCUUUUCCCUCCUUUGUUAAUUUCCAUCUUUCACACUACGCCUCAUCACCAAUGGGUCUCCUUCUCUUUCUCUUCUCUGUCCUCGCCAUCUCUUCCCUCGUUUCCUCUUCCCCAGUUCAGGACCCAGAGCUUGUCGUAAACCAAGUACAUAGGGCCAUCAACGGCUCCAGGAGGAACUUGGGUUAUCUCUCUUGUGGAACUGGGAACCCCAUCGACGAUUGCUGGAGAUGCGACCCCAAUUGGGAGAAGAACCGCCAGCGCUUGGCGGAUUGUGCCAUUGGGUUCGGUAAGAAAGCCAUUGGCGGAAGAGAUGGAAAAAUUUACGUGGUGACAGAUUCCAGUGAUGAUGACGCUGUGAAUCCUAAGCCAGGGACUUUGAGGCAUGCAGUGAUUCAAGAUGAUCCAUUGUGGAUCAUUUUUGCUCGUGACAUGACUAUUAAAUUAAAGGAAGAGCUGAUCAUGAACUCUUUCAAGACCAUCGAUGGUAGAGGUGCUAGCGUCCACAUUGCAGGUGGUCCGUGCAUUACUAUACAAUUUGUGACCAACAUUAUUAUUCAUGGACUACACAUACACGACUGUAAGCCAGGAGGGAAUGCUUAUGUGAGGGACUCCCCACGGCACUACGGGUGGAGGACUGUAUCAGACGGUGAUGGAGUGUCCAUCUUUGGUGGCAGCCACAUUUGGGUGGACCAUAACUCAUUGUCAAAUUGUAACGAUGGACUGGUUGAUGCAAUUCAUGGGUCCACAGCAAUCACAAUUUCAAACAAUUACAUGACCCACCAUGAUAAAGUAAUGUUACUAGGUCACAGCGAUUCCUACACUCAAGACAAGAACAUGCAGGUCACUAUAGCCUUCAAUCACUUUGGAGAAGGGCUUGUCCAAAGGAUGCCAAGAUGCAGACAUGGGUAUUUCCAUGUGGUCAACAAUGACUACACCCAUUGGGAAAUGUAUGCCAUUGGAGGCAGUGCAGCACCAACCAUCAACAGCCAAGGCAACAGAUUUGUUGCACCUGAUAUUAGAUUCAGCAAAGAGGUCACAAAGCAUGAGGAUGCACCAGAAAGUGAAUGGAAGAACUGGAAUUGGAGGUCUGAGGGAGACCUGCUGGUGAAUGGUGCAUUUUUCACAGCUUCAGGUGCAGGAGCCUCUUCAAGCUACGCUAAGGCAUCAAGCUUGAGUGCUAGACCUUCUUCACUUGUGGGUUCCAUAACUGUGGGAUCAGGUGCCCUUAAUUGCAAGAAAGGGGUUCGUUGCUGAUUGUGACAACCAUUGAUUAAUGAACACAUUAAGGAUGUCGAACCAUGGUUAGUUAGGAAAAGCCAGUAUAAGAAUGGAAGUUAAGGAAAAUGUGGAAGCUGAAGAAGACAAAACCACCACCUCACAGUGUUUUAGUUAAGUUUCAUGGCUGUCAUCUUCCUUCCAAAAUUUUAUUUUUAUAUUCAUUUUUAUCCUUUUCUUUGUAACCAACUCUGAUGAUUACAACCUCGGCCUGUAACUCUUAGAACCAUUAAGGAUUCCGUUUGAGAAUCUAAAUAGGUUUACAGAAAACAAGUGCAGAAGUGUUGGUACAGUGUAUAAUAUAUGCUUGCCUAUUUA